AUGAAUGCCGAGUUAUACUGUGGUGAAUCAGAAAAGUUUGUGCCAGAUUAUGUAAGUGCAUCGAAAUACUGCGUUUCAACUGGUGGUAAGGUGGUGGAAAUUAAAAAUGAAAAACAGCAGAACGAUGUCGAACAAUUUUUAACUUCACAUGGAAAAAAUUUGCAUAAAGAUUUCUACAUCGCUCUUCGAAGAAAAGAUUUAACUGAAGAUAAAGCUUUUUCGGUCACAAACGCUGGUUUUGAGACAGUUGAACAAGCCAAAUCAUGGUACGAAGCUCGAAAUUAUUGCAUCAACAGAGGUGGUGAUCUUUUGACACUUAAUGACAAAGUUGAUUUGAAGGAUUUGAAAGUUAACGAGAAUUACUGGAUUGGAUAUUCAAGAAUCAGAUGGUACUGGACGAGUGAACCAGACUAUUUUACCAGUUACACAAACUGGGGGCAAGAACCAUAUUCGCCUGAAUAUGGUGACGAUGAAAAAUGCACGAAAAUGUCAAUAACGACUAACAAUUGCAAAAGAUGCUCGAAGUAUGAGAAAAUUGAGCUGCCCCUGACUGCCAAAACAAGCAACAUCCCUACUAAGGCUAAAACGGACAGCAAAAAAUCCAAAAAAGUUCAAUAUAAUGUUGUAGAGAAUGUGAAUGACGGAAAAACCAAUGUUAAUUUGGACAACGGGAUUCACACUAGUGGCAAAAAAGACAAACGCGCAACAGCUGAAGUUUCAACCAAAAACGGCCCUUCAAAUAUUAACCCUAUAUACGCCGAAGUCGUUAAACUGAAACCGAAAAAGAAAAAUCAACCAGCUCCAGAAGAGGAGAAACCUGCAAAUUUAGUGUACGUAUCUAUUGAUUUCGAAGACUUUAAUAAACAAAAGAAAGCCAAAAUGCCUUUGAAAGAAGAUGAUGAAAUGAAAGUCGAAAACGUUUCGUUAACUGCAGCUCCUUCAUCUGCUGUUGCAGCGCCAACUGAAGCUACUGUCAUCGCGCCAGCUGCAGUGCCGGCUAAACCCUCAAGAGUAAACUUGUAA